AGCUUUUGAUCAUGAGCAUAAUAAGCUUACUCGCUGCUGUUUGUUUUAUUUUUGUUUUGUCGUUCAGCAGCUUAGGGCCUUCAGAAAUACUGUUUAAUUCAAAUCUUCAUCAUUGAGAAUUGAAACAAUUGUCAUCAAAACAAAUCAUCAAAUCCAAACAAAAUGAUUUCUCUCAAAUGUCCAGUCAAAAAUUACGAUUGGGGAAAAAUUGGAAGCAAUUCAUUUGUUGGUCAGAUAUUAAUUGAUCAAGGGAUACCGAUUGAUGAAAAUUUGCCGUAUGCAGAGCUUUGGAUGGGCACGCAUAAAUCGGGCUCAUCAUGCAUUCGUGAUCUUGGCCCUGACCUGGACAAUCGACCGUUAGCUGAUUUAUUUUCUGUUUUUCCUGAAUUUAUUGGAAACAUGGAUAUAUACAAAAAAUAUGGUCAUCAAUUACCUUUCCUAUUCAAAGUGUUAUCUGUCAAUAAACCCUUAUCCAUUCAAGUGCACCCAGAUAAAUCCUUGGCUGGUCAACUUUUUAAGACUCGCCCUGAACAUUAUCCUGAUUCUAAUCAUAAACCAGAGAUGGCAAUUGCCUUGACUCCUUUCACGGGUCUUGCUUACUUUCGUCCUCAUGAUGAGAUUAUCAAUUUCGCAAAACGGUACCAGCAGUUAGGAGACUUGAUUGGAAUUGAUUUGCUUGCCGAGUAUGAAAGCGCAAAUGAAAAUGAUCGAGCUGAAUGUUUGAAGAAAUGUUUUGUUAAGUUGCUAAAAGAACCACAAGAAAUAAUUGCUGAUAAAAUCAAAAGUUUGCUGGAAAUGGCCGCUAAUGAUAAUGGUGACAAUGAUUUGAAAAUCUUCUCCGAGAUCGCAAGUGAAUACCCUGGUGAUGUUGGAAGUUUUGCUUAUUUUUUCCUUAAUCACGUUAAACUAGAGCCUGGUCAAGCUUUAUUUAUCGAUGUCAAUCAACCUCAUUGUUAUUUAUCAGGAGAUUGCGUUGAGAUAAUGGCUUGCUCUGACAAUGUAAUUAGAGCUGGAUUGACACCUAAAUAUAAAGACGUCGAUUUGCUUUGUGAAACAAUGACUUACAAACCUAAAUCUAUCGAUGAAAUUAUUUUAAAGCCGACUUUGAAGGAUCCUUUCACAUGUUUAUAUUCCCCUUCUGUUGACGAAUUUGCUAUCGAAAAAAUAGAAAUCGAUGGAAAUCAAUCAAAAACAUUGGAAUAUCGAUUCGAAGGCUUACAUAGCGCAUCAUUAUUGAUCAUAAUCGAAUGUGGAUCAGCCAGAAUCAACCCGACGGUUAAAUUAAAGAAAAGCAAUAUUUACUUUAUACCUCCAGGAUUAAAUUAUGUAGUGACGGAAAUUGAAGGAAAGUUUCUUGCUUUUCGGGCUUUUAUUAGACAAUGAAAACCCAAUAAGUUCAACGCAGAGCAUUGGAAUUAAAUUAUCUUCUUCAAGUCAAGAUUCAUUCAGAGCUUUCUAAUAUAUAAUGAUAAAUUUUUUAUGAAUUUUACUCAAAAAUCUCUUUCAAUCUCUUGCAAUCUUUGUUGUAUUUUGUUUAUUUUCUGUGAACAAUUCAAUGGUAUUGUUAGAUUAGAUUUCAUUUCAUCUUUAAUUAUUAAAUUUUUUUCGCAAGUUGCUUUUA